GUCAGUGGUGGGAAGGGCAGGUUGUUGCUGCUGAGUUGAUUUCACUGAGAGCAGAUCCACGCUGUGGAUUAAAUAUUUGUAGUAACCAGUAAACAGCUGAUAGUGGUGUGCAGCUGCGGGAGUGUGGAUGGGGGGAAACAGCCCGAGUCACCUCUCUCAGGAGGAUGGAGAAGGUGGAGGAGUCACUUUUGUGAAGGGCAUCCGGCUGUCAGAUAAAGUCAUCAACAGGAUGAGACAGUCCUCAAAGGUCAUCACUCCUCCUCCACCCUCACCUGAACCACAAACACACACUCCAGUCCCCGCCCCCUCUGUCGAACACUUAUUACCUCUGCUGACACCUCCUCCUCCAUUCAUCGCGCCUCCUCCUCAGGAAGCUCCAUCCACACCUCCGUCAGUGGAACCUGCUCCUCCUGUAAAACUUGUCCCUCCUCCUCCUGUAAAGUUCCACUCCCUUCCUCUAGCCCCGUCUCCACCUAUAGAGCCAAUAAUUCCACCUGUAUCCGACCCUGUUGUCUCAGCCCCCGCCCCACCACCACCUCCUCCUUUGCAAGAAGUCCCAUCCACACCUCCAUCUGUGGACCCUCCUCCUCCUGUAGUUUUUCACGCCCUUCCUGUGGAGCCUGAAGCCGCGCCAAGCACUCCACCUCUAUCUGACUCUGUUGUCUCGGCCCCUCCUCCACCUCCAGCUACACCUUCUCCAGAAAUAGAGGCACCUGCUGCUCCACCAGUAGAAGCACCUCCUCCUCCACCUGCUGUAGUGGAGCCAAUAGUCCUUCCUCCUGUUGAGUCCUUCAUCCCACCUCAUGUAGAGCCAGAAAUCAUGUCUACACCACCCAUAGCAGAACCUGUUAUCUUACCUCCACCUGUGGAAACACCUGUAGCUCCACCUGAACCUUUAGCUUCACCUCUGCCCUCUGAAACUCCUCCAACUACUAUUGAACCUGCCGCUGUAGCUCCCUCUGUUCAACCUUUAGAAUCUGUUCUCCUGUCUGCACCACCAGUGGAAACAGUUCAGCCUCCACCCACUGUUGAAUCUACACCAGUUGAACCCACAACCCCACCCUGUCCUGUUGAUUUAGCUCCAGUUGAAGCCAUAGUUUUACCUCCGCAAGUGGAGACGCCUCUUGUUGAGGUUACAGUUAAAGAAGUAGUGCCUCCAGUCGUGGCUCCAGCUGUGGAGUCACCGCCUCCAUGUGAACUGGUCUCACUUCCACCUCCUCCAGAGCUGGUGGCAGUACCUCCUCCAGAGCCUGUGGCAGCAUCUCCUUCAGAGCUAGUGGCAGCACCUCCACCUCCUCCAGAGCCGGUGGCAGCACCACUUCCAGAGGUGGUGGCAGCACCUCCACCUCCUCCAGAGCCAGUGGCAGCACCUGCACCUCCCCCAGAGCCAGUGGCAGCACCACUUCCAGAGGUGGUGGCAGCACCUGCACCUCCUCCAGAGCCAGUGGCAGCACCACUUCCAGAGGUGGUGGCAGCACCUCCACCUCCUCCAGAGCCAGUGGCAGAACCUCCACCACCUCCAGAGCCAGUGGUAGCACCUGCACCACCCCCAGAGCCGGUGGCAGUGCCUCCACCUCCUCCAGAGCCAGUGGCAGCACCUCCACUUCCUCCAGAGCCAGUGGUAGUACCUCCACCUCCUCCAGAGCUCACUUUCGAAGAGCCUUCUCCACCCUGUCACUGUGUGGAGCUGGCUGUCAUACCCACCGAUGCACCUGUAAGUGAUGAACCCCUUCCUGAACCUCUGGCACCACCUCCACCUGCUCCAGCUCCACCUGCUGAAGAGCCCGCCAUAACCCUGUCUCUGCCUCCUGUCAUUGAGGAUGAAGUACUUGCUAUCACAGCAACACCUCCACCUGCAGCAGCCCCACCUGUUUCUGCUGAAGUGAUGGAGGAGGAGUUGAAGCAGAAGAUCAAAAUGGAGAUGCAGUUGAGUCUGGAGGAGGAGAUCAACCAGAGGAGGCAGGAGCUGCAGCGACAGCUUGAGGAGAUGAGGGCUCAGGCUCGAGCUGCGGCCCAGGCAUCUGCUCAGGCUCAGGUGGAGGAGCAGGUGAAGAAGACGCUGGACGGGGAGAUGAUGGCGUACAAGGAGAACCUGACGGAUGCCAUUAUGAAGGAGCGAAUGAAGACAGAAGACCAGAGGCUCAUGGUGCAGCUUUAUCGGAUGGAGUUGAAGGCUCACCAGCUGGAGGAGAGGGAGAAAGAGCUGAGGAAACGAGACGUUCUCUACAAGGAACAUAUUGCAAAACUUGAAGCAAAGUGCACUGAGUUUUACAGAGUGACUGCUGAGAGCUUCCAGAAGGGCAAAGUAGAGACUCACAACCGCUUUGCGCGUUUCAACAUCCAGCCGGUGUGCGGUGAUUUGCAGAGUCAGAUUUUAAAAUGCUACAAGGAGAACACAGGGAAGACUCUGUCCUGCUCAGGUAUCGCCUCGGCGUACAUGCAGUGUGUGGACAACGCCAAGAAGAAUAAAUUGAGCACUGGAGGUUAAUGUGGACCACCUGAUGAAGAUGACGACAUUUGAGAGCUUUACUGCCGCAGCAAGGAAAAGUUUAUGGACAGAAUUCAAGUAGAGUUACAGGAGAAUCAUCUCCAGCCUUUACAUACUGUCAGGCGGACUUGUAGUCUGCUCUGACGGUAACAACAUGUUUGCAGCCUCUCCGGUUCUUGGGAUUAUCUUAAAACCACUUGUGCCACAACAGUAACAGAUGAAUCGAAUCAUUUUAAGUGCUUGUCUUUUGUAAACAAGUUGAAAGACAACAGAGGAGAAGAGAAGUUUGUGUGUGUGACGUAUAUACUGAAUGGGAUGCUGGUAAAUCAUGUUUGUGUGCCUUGAACUUAUGAAAGCUAAUUAUCAGAUUGAAAAUGCAUGAGAGAACUGAUUAAUGAAUGUGAUGUAACAAAGACCUGUAAGUGUUUAAGGGUUAUUGUGAUGUACAUAAAUUAUUUCAGGGGUUAUUUCUGGUGCAUGCACAAGAACUUUAAUCAGUCACAAUAAACUUUGUUGAAUCACUAA